AUGGUCCAGGACGAGUCGCAGCCGAAUCAUGGCGUUGAGAUAGAGCCUGUGCACAGUCAUCCACCUGAAAUAGAUGAUUCUCAGGCAAAACAGGACAUCUCACACGUCGAGAGAGUCUUGUCACCAUCGGAAACCCUAGAGAAGGAUGACAUGGAUUUAAUGCGAGUGGACAAGGAAAUCCAGCAGUAUGCCGGUCGUGGGAUGAUCGAGGUCGACGAGGCAACAAACAAGCGACUGCGACGCAUGAUUGACAAACGCGUCUUGGUGGUGAUGAUAAUCACCUACUUCCUGCAAGCCCUGGAUAAAGGCACACUGUCAUUCUCGUCUAUCAUGGGAAUUGAACAAGAUGCGAACCUGCAAGGCCAAGAGUACUCCUGGCUGACCACGUGUAUCUAUCUUGCGGUGCUGGUGGUCGAGUACCCGACCAAUUGGAUCAUCCAGCGUGUGCCUGUCGCCAAGUACCUGGGUGUCAAUAUUUGUAUCUGGGGAGCAAUUCUGGCCCUGCACGCUGCUUGCCACAACUUUGCUGGACUGGUGACGGUGCGGACUUUGCUGGGGGUCUUUGAGGCUUGCUGCCAGCCUAUAUUUGUGCUGUUGUCGUCCAUAUGGUAUAAGCGAGAGGAGCAGGCGGCGACCGUUACCUAUUGGUAUAUGAUGAACGGCGGACAGCAGAUUGUGGGUGGGCUGUUAGCUUACUGCUUCACGUUAAUCGGGCACGACCGUGUUCUGUAUUCCUGGCAGGCGCUGUUCCUCGCCUACGGCUGUUUUUCCGUGCUCUGGGGCCUGUUCGUGAUGUGGUGGAUGCCCGACUCUCCCAUGCGUGCUAAAUGCUUCCGCGAAGAAGACAAGCAUCUAAUGGUUGAGCGCCUGCGCUCCAACCAGACUGGUCUCCAGAACAAGGAAUUCCGCUCAUACCAGAUGUGGGAGGCGUUCCGAGACCCCCAGACCUGGUGCUAUUGUGCGAUUCAAGUGUUCACCACUCUCCCGACGAGUGGUCUAGGGUCAUUCGCUGGUAUUAUCAUGACGGGCUUGAAGUUCACCACACUUCAAAGCCAGCUUCUGGCUAUGGUCCUGGGGGCCUACAUUAUUGUCAUUUUACUCUCGUCGGCCUGGCUGGUGAAUAAGUUUCAUCAGAACCUUCUAGUCAUGCUUGGGUUUCUCAUUCCAUCCUUCAUCGGAACUAUUGUUCUGAUGACUGUGAACAACACAAAUUUGGCUACGAAAGUCGGUCUCUUGAUCGGUUAUUAUAUCACACUCUCUUUCUGGUCGGCGCAGACACUUUGCCUUUCAAUGGUGUCUCGAAAUGUCGCUGGUCAGACUAAGAAGGCUACGGUGGUGGCAUCCACAUUUGUCUCAUGGGCUGUUGGAAAUGCGAUUGGUCCUCAGGUAUUCCUCAACAAGGAAAAGCCGCACUACUAUACUGCGUUUAGUGUGCACCUGGCCUGCUACUCCUGCAUGGCUGGCGCAAUCGUUUUCCUGCGUUUCUACCUUAUCCGGGAGAACAGAAAGAAAGAUGAGAUCGUGAACGCGGCCGGCCUAAAUGCUGCCGACCCAAACCUUGUUCACGCAUUUGACGACAAGACCGACAAUGAGAACAUGGGUUUUCGGUACAUCUACUAG